AUGUGGGGGAAAGGUGCGAAUGCGUCGAUUAGGGAUCGGACGCAGGAGUUUCUGGGCAUAGCGGAGAGGGUAAAGAAGUCAUACUCCUCUCAAAAUGGGCCAAGCAGCAGCGGUUCGAAACCUCAGGAACCGCAGACCAUGGCGAUGCAGUCGGAAUUUAAUCGUAAGGCGUCCAAGAUCGGGCUCGGGAUUCACCAGACCUCGCAGAAACUAUCUAAGCUCGCGAAAUUGGCCAAGAGGACCUCAGUUUUUGAUGAUCCCACCAUGGAAAUUCAGGAGCUGACAGCAGUUAUCAAGCAAGAUAUAACUGCACUGAAUUCUGCCGUAGUUGAUCUCCAGCUUCUAUGCAACUCACGUAAUGGAAAUAGUAAUAUUUCCAGUGACACCACCACUCAUUCUACAACAGUAGUUGAUGAUCUGAAGAAUCGGUUGAUGAGUGCCACAAAGGAGUUCAAGGAAGUAUUGACUAUGAGGACAGAGAACUUGAAGGUUCAUGAAAACAGGAGACAAUUGUUCUCUUCUAAUGCUUCCAAGAAUCCGGCUAAUCCAUUUGUUCGCCAGCGACCUUUGGCUGCAAAGCCUGCUGGAAGUACUUCAGCUGCCCCUGCUCUUCCAUGGGCUAGUGGGGGACAAUCUUCAUCCCAUCCGUUCCCUAAGAACCAGAUGGAUGGGGAGACUCAACCAUUAAUGUCACAGCAGCAGCAUCAUCAACAACAACAACAACAGGAAUUGGUUCCAGUACAAGAUAGCUACAUGCAGAGUAGAGCUGAAGCGCUUCAGAAUGUGGAAUCGACAAUUCAUGAGCUGGGCAAUAUUUUUAAUCAGCUUGCUACCUUGGUUUCUCAGCAAGGAGAGAUUGCUAUCAGGAUUGAUGAGAACAUGGACGAUACACUGUCAAAUGUGGAGGGAGCACAAGGGGCUUUGCUCAAGUAUCUCAAUAGCAUCUCUUCAAACCGGUGGCUUAUGAUCAAGAUAUUCUUUGUACUAGUUUUCUUUCUCAUGAUUUUCCUAUUCUUUGUGGCAUAG